AUGGCUCUGGUAGAUAUACCGCUUUACAUGAUUGGUCACAGUGGUUCUAUCCUUGGGGUUAUUGCGUUGUCCUUUGCCAUCUUCCUAAUACAGUAUGCGAUUCAAAGUCGCCGACCAAGAAAUUUCCCCCCUGGUCCUAAAGGACUUCCUAUCAUUGGCAAUCUUCACCAGCUGCCCCUAAAGAAGUUUUAUCUAAGGCAGACAGAAUGGUCCAAGAAAUAUGGCAGCAUCGUCGGGUUCAAGAUAGGCCCUCAGAACGCCGUGGUUCUGAGUGACUACCGUCACGUUAAAGAACUCUUCGACAAACGCGGGGGAAUAUACUCCGGUCGCCCCGAACAAUAUGCCGGCCAACAGAUCAUCUGCCCCGAUAAUAUCCAUAUGCUGCUAGCCCAGUACGGUCCCACAUGGAGAUUAAUGAGAAAAGCCAUGCAAGGCUUAUUGAAUAUCAACGCUAUCGAUGCAUUGCAUCCAAUCCAACUAGCCGAAGCUACGCAAACAAUGUCUCACCUGCUCGACGACCCCGAGGGCUACUACGAUCACAUUCGGCGCUAUUCCACCUCUGUAAUUCUAGCAUCAGUCUACAGCCAGAGAGGCGAGAGCUUCCAGUCACCCAAAGUGCAGAAUCUAUAUAAUUCACAGUAUCGCUUUAGUCGGAUUUUGGAACCUGGUGCCACGCCACCUGUGGAUGCUUUCCCGUUCUUGAGAAGACUGCCUGAGUUUCUCAGUCCUUGGAAAACAGAAGCAAAGGAGAUUCGACAGAUACAAAGCUCUCUUUAUUUCAACCUCGUGAAGGAGACAAAGGAACGACGCAGCAAGCAUGACUUAGAGCCUUGCUUCAUUGAGAAGCUUCUCGACGAUCAAGAGAGAAAUGGCCUCAAUGAUGCGCAAAUUGCUUAUCUGGGAGGCACUUCGAUGGAAGCUGGAUCGGAUACCACUUCAGCCGCAUUACUUACUUUCGUUCUUGCUAUGACUCAACACCCAGAAUCCUUGAAGACCCUGCAAACAGAACUUGACCGUGUGUGUGGCACUGAUAGAUCGCCAAACUUCGAUGACCUGGAUCAGUUGAAAUACACACGGGCAUGUAUGAACGAGGUUCUACGAUGGCGUCCAGUUGCACCCGCUGCCGUUCCUCACAUGUUAACCCAGGACGACACCUACGAGGGCUAUGUGUUGCCCAAGGGAACGAUUGUCUUCAUAAACGCUUGGGCCAUUCAUAUGAAUGAAAGCGAAUAUGACGAGCCGGAAAAAUUUAUGCCGGAGCGCUUCAUGGGCAACAAAUUUGGCUGCAAGGACCAGGAUGAUUCAGACGAUCAUCGCAGAAUAACAUACAAUUUUGGAGCAGGUCGUCGUGUCUGUCCUGGUCAACGGCUAGCCGAAAAUUCAGUGGUAGCUUCUUAA